AAAAGCAAAUUUAGAUCUUAUGAAUUGGAAAUACGAGUGCAGCGACGAAUCUAGCUCAUCCUGCUCAGAAGCACCAAAAACUAGGAAGAAAACACUCAAAAACAAAAAGAAGAAGAAGAAGCGAACUGCUCCAGAUCGGAGCAUGCAGACAGUUACCACCAACGAGUUCAAAGUAAAUGAAAUACUGCCUGAAAAAACUCCUGUGAAACAUUCAAAGAAUAAACCAGCUAACAUUUUGCAACCGAUUCAACACAGAAUGCUUGGCGAUAGUGCUUACAAUCCUCAAAUGAUUAAACUUAUUGAAAUUCAAAAUAAAUUGAUUUCACUCAAGAAUAAAUUGUGGUUUGGUGUGGGUGAUAUGGAUCCACAAAAUCCUCUGUCAUGGGGUCUGAAGAGUGAUUGCAAAGAUAAAGAAGCCCUUAUAAUGAAGACACAGAAAAACGAAAAGAAAAAAUCAACGCACAAAAAAAGUCAUAAACCAAAAGACGAUAAAAAGGAGGAACCAAAAACCAACAAGAAAACUAAUAAUAUAACUAUAAAGCGUCAGCAGACCAUUGACCAAAUCAACAACCACAAGGUUCAAAAACCGAGAAGAAGUCCAACGUUCCGAGUGAUCAAAGUUAAUUUUGAUUCCAAACUGCCCCAGGAAAUCAGCCAAGCAAACGGCAAAACUAAGAAGAAGAAAAAGAAACCAGCUAAAAGUACCAAACUAGCAUUGAUGCCAAAUGAGUAGUAUCAUAUUAUACAUUAUUUAUGCAAUGCCUGCAAUGUUAUUCAUCCGAGGUACAAAUUUGAAGUCCUGUGUUGUCCAAGCCACGACAACGAAAUAAAGUGGUCAAAAUUAGACGGACAUUAAAACUAAUCACAUCUUGUCAAUAUCAUGUGUUUUACAAUAAAUGUCAUGUGUAUGUAUGUGAAA